AUGAGGUUGACAUCAGGGAUUUUUCACGCGGCCAUCGCAGUUGCUGCGGUCGGCGCUGUGCUUCCAGAGGGACCAUCGAGUUCGAAAACCCAUCGCAAUGAGUACGCGCGGCGCAUGCUAGGUUCCUCCUUUGGCAUCCCCAAAAACCAAACUUUUGAUUAUCUGGUCAUUGGCGGGGGCACGGCCGGUUUGACUAUCGCAACGCGACUUGCCGAACAGGGUGUCGGCUCAGUCGCGGUUAUUGAGGCGGGUGGCUUCUAUGAGCUGAACAAUGGCAAUCUUAGCCAAAUCCCCGCCCAGGAUGCUUUCUACGUGGGCACGGAUCUCGACGAUUGGCAGCCUGGUAUCGAUUGGGGUUUCCACACCACCCCUCAAGCGGGCGCCUACGAUCGGGUGAGCCACUACGCCCGGGGCAAGUGCCUGGGGGGCAGCUCGGCACGCAAUUACAUGGCGUAUCAACGUGGCACCAAGGCGGCGCAUCAGCGGUGGGCAGACACUGUGGGGGAUUCCAGCUAUACCUGGGAGCAGUUCCUGCCAUUCUUCGAAAAGAGCCUGCACUUUACCCCCGCAAACGAUGCGCUGCGCGGGGCCAAUGCCAGUGUAGUGAGCGAUCCAAGUGUGCUGGGCAAUGGCGAUGGCCCCUUAUCCGUGACCUAUCCUCACUACGCCCAGGCGUUUGCGACAUGGGCGAAACAUGCCUUCAUCGAGAUCGGUCUCCAGAUACGCAGCGGGUUCCAGAGUGGAGCGCUGUUAGGCCAGUCUUACGGCCUCUACACGAUCAAUGCCACGACUAUGCAUCGCGAGUCGUCAGAGACGUCUUUCCUGCGCAAAGGCCUCGCUGACCCAAACCUCACGGUCUUUCAAUCCGCCCUGGCGAAACGUAUUCGCUUCCAAGACAAGCGGGCUGUUGGAGUUGACGUGGAGACAAUGGGCCGUGCGUAUACGCUCUCCGCGCGCAAGGAGAUUGUUCUCUCGGCAGGCGCCUUCCAAUCACCCCAGUUGUUGAUGGUCUCUGGCGUCGGCCCCGCGGCCACGCUGAAGGCACAUAAUAUUCCCCUCGUGGCGGACCGCCCAGGCGUGGGACAAAACAUGCAGGAUCAUAUCAUCUACGCUCCCUCCUACCGGGUGAAUGUCAUCACACAGUCAGCUCUGCUCAAUGAGGAGUUCGAGGCCCAGGCCAACCGCGACUACAACGAACGAGCAGCGGGCAUCUACGCCAAUCCCACGUCAGACAUCCUGGCUUGGGAAAAGAUCCCUGAACCCAAGCGGUCGGCCUGGUUCUCGAAUCACACCCGUCAGGUGCUCGCCGAAUACCCGGAUGACUGGCCAGAGGUAGAGUUCCUGACGAUGGGGGGAUAUUUCGGCUAUCAGAGGAACUAUAUCCGAGACAAUCCUAGUGACGGCUACAAUUAUGCCUCGCUUGCGGUCUCGCUCUGUACACCUCGCUCUCGGGGAAAUGUCACGAUCACGUCGCCCGACGCCGGCGUGCCACCAGUCAUCAACCCCAACUGGCUCACUGAUCCAGUGGAUGUCGAACUUGCCGUGGCAGCUUUCAAGCGGACGCGUGACUUUUUCAAUACCACUGCCAUCAAGCCCAUUCUCAUCGGGCCUGAGUACUUCCCGGGCUCUCAGGUCGCCACGGAUGCAGAAAUUCUGGAUCAUGUCCGGAAGAGCUUCGAUACCAUUUUCCACGCCUCCUGUACCUGUGCGAUGGGUCUAGCAAAUGACACCCAGGCAGUGGUGGACUCCAAAGCUCGAGUAAUUGGUGUUGAAGCCCUCCGCGUGGUGGAUGCCUCCGCCUUGCCCUUCCUACCACCAGGUCACCCCCAGUCCACACUUUAUGCACUGGCAGAGAAAAUCGCGUGCGAAAUUUCGGGCAACUGUUAG